AGAAUUCCCCAGAGACUGGCCACCAGAUAAUAUUUCUCUACUUGAAAGCCAGCAGCCAAUCGGCAGGCUCUGUGACUGGGACAAAGUCCUCUUUACUGAGUCAUUUAACUCUCUGUUCCUUCCCCUCCACCUCGUCUCUAAAUGGUUUAACGUUACACCCUCUGCCAGGUUUUACCUGUUCAGGUGAACUGCACUGCUGAAAGAGAACGUUGCACACAUGCCGCCAAUAACCUCCUCAAUGGAUCCUCCAAGACAUCCUGAGUCCAUGUGAGUAUCCAGGAGGCGAGUAUACAGCCUGGAGGUGCUGUCGCAAUGGCCGAAGCAUCAGCGCUGCCUCUUUCUCCCUCUGACUAUGGGCUGUUGUCCCCACCCCCUGACCUCUGUGCGGCAUGCGGCCACAGUCACCAGCUGGAGGAGAACCACGAGUACCUCUAUAAAGACGAGGUGGACGAUGACCUUGUUUGUCACAUUUGCCUGCAGCCGCUCAUCCGGCCCCUGGACACGCCCUGCGGACACACCUACUGCCAGGAGUGUCUUACCAGCUUCCUGCUGGAGAGUGACUUCUGCCCCGUGUGCCGCGCGCCGCUCAUGCUGCAGAGCUGCAGGAAGCCCAGCCUGCUGGUUCACAAACUGCUGGACAAGCUGACCGUGGCUUGUCCAUUCACUGAGCACUGCACUGAAGUGGUGCCCCGAGGUGAAAUGGAAGACCACCUCAAGAGCAGGUGUAAAGGGGCCUCUCACUAUGGGCUCUCAGCAGACAGGAAGCGGCGCUCGCAGGAGGGCGAAUGCACCGACAGCACAUCGGAGCUCACCAUCGCCACGCUGCCCAGCGACGGCCCCACCUCUGCCGCCGUGGCCCUCCUGUCUGAUGACCCGGGUCUGGUCAACCCUGCCUUCGACCCCAGCAUGGAGGAAAACAGCCAGUCAGGCAGCACGACCAGCCUGGCCGCCCGCAGCAGCUCCAAGAAGAGUGAGUUCAGAAAUUUUGACCGAUCUUCUGUGAGGAGCCGUUCCUUCAGGAGGUUGAACCGGGCAUUCAGUGUCCUGCGGAGGACCAAGAGUGGCAACGCAGUGAGCAAUGAGACGUCUGAGGAGAGAGACAAUACCAGGAAUUCCACUGGAAUUCCACAGGAAGUGUUGGCUCUUCCUCAGCUCCAUCACCUGAUCCCUGAUGGAGAACUUACCAGUAUUAAGAUCACGCGGAUAGAUCCCUCAGAUCCGCUGGCUAUCAGCAUUGUUGGGGGCAAUGAGACCCCCUUGGUUCGCAUCCUCAUCCAGGAUAUCUACAGAGAAGGUGUCAUUGCCCGGGAUGGACGUUUGCUGCCUGGGGACAUGAUCCUGAAGGUAAAUGGCAUCGACAUCAGCAAUGUACCCCACUGCUACGCUGUGACGACCCUCAAACAGCCGUGCCAACUCCUCCGGCUAACCGUGCUCAGAGAGCAGCGCCAUCGCUACCGCUCACACUCACAUGGCCACCUGCAUGGCCAUGGCCACGGCCAUGAUGCCGCUGGGGGUCACCCAUCUCACGGCCUACCCCACCAUCCCCUGAGGGAUGACAGCAUCCAUGUGGUCCUGAAUAAAAGCAGUCCAGAGGAGCAGCUGGGCAUUAAGCUAGUGAGGCGGCCAGAUGAGCAUGGAGUUUUCAUAUUUCACCUGCUGGAGGGCGGCCUGGCAGCUCGUGACGGACAGUUGUGUGUUGGUGACCGUGUGCUGGCCAUCAACGGGCACGAUCUACGUUAUGGAGCACCAGAACAUGCUGCUCUGCUUAUUCAGGCAAGCGAGGAGGGUGUCCACUUCAUAGUGUCCCGUCAGAUCUGCCUACCAACACCAGACAUCUUACAAGAAGCUCCGUGGGGCAUGGAUGGUCCCCCACCAUAUUCCCCUGUGGAUAUUGAGCAAACACUACUGGACUCUUGCCAGAAGCCUGCGUGCUACGAGAAGACAGUUACUCUGACUAAGGAACCGUACGACUCCCUGGGUAUGACGGUGGCAGGGGGCAUGUCCAGCCGAGGGUGGGACCUCCCCAUCUACGUCACGAAUGUGGACUCGGAUGGAGUCGUGGGACAGGAGGGCUCCAUUCGAAAAGGAGACAUCUUGCUAAACGUGAACGGCAUGGAUUUGACGGGGGUGACGCGAGGCGAGGCCGUGGCCAACUUGAAAAACACCUCCUCUCCUGUCGUGCUCAAGGUCUUAGAGAUGCGUCCUCCCGAGGAAAGCCUGCAGGAGUGCGCGUUGCCGCCCUGCCUCACACCCUCACCCACAGAUAGCACCAAGAGUCUGCUUCCCAAUGACGAUUACUCCCCACUGUGGGUGUCAUGGCUGCAGCUCCCCAGGCAUCUCUACUGCUGCAAAGACAUCAUCCUGCGGCGGAGCACUUCGGGCAGCCUGGGCUUUAGUAUCGUUGGAGGUCAGGAGGAGGUCAACUGCAAUCAAUCCUUUUUUAUCCGCUCCAUCGUGGAGGGGACGCCAGCCUACAAUGAUGGCAGGAUAAGGUGUGGGGACAUCUUACUCGAGGUGAACGGGAAGAGUACGUGGGGGAUGACCCACACAGCGUUGGUGCGCCUUCUGAAGGAGCUGCGGGGCAGAAUCACCCUGACCAUCGUCUCCUGGCCAGGAAGCCUGCUGUAGCGGCACUCCAAGCACUGACUAAGGAAUGUGGAAGGCAGAGCUUUAGACUGGUCGAACACCAUAAGCUUGCUGUGUGGGAGAAGCCUAGAAUAGUGCUGUAGCGCUACGGAUAUCUCACAAUCUGAAUGGACAGCUGAGACUUUGCCAGGAGUUUGCAAGGGAACAAAACAAAAAACUGGAUUGUUACCAGAGGUUAACUUGUCCCUCGGAGAACGCUGGACCGGGAGAAUCCAGGCCUGAGGAUGUGGGGUGUUAUCUGUUUAGAAGAAGGACAUUCUCUGGCACAUCAUCCAGCGAGUGUGGGUGGAUCGAGAGAAGACACAACACAUUGCCAAUUCCAGUAGUUAUAUAUUAGGGUAUGCGUUAAGUUGGACUCACAUUUCUUGACUGUAAAUGUUGGGUGUCUAAAAAAGUACUGAUCCAAGCACUUGUAAUACGUUUCUUUUUGUUUGUUUGUGGUAUGGCCCUUAAAUACAGGCUCCAUUCUGUUUGUACUGACAGUGGUUGUCAUCAUCUGUUGACCUGAGGACACGUUACCAAGUAGUCGUCUGUGUUGAGUUUUUUUUUCUUUUAUUUCAAAGCUAUGGCUAAUUUAUCAAACCACUGGCAAAGAAAAUAAAAAAAUAAAGGAUCAAUGUGUUCAUAACAUGUUAAAAGAAAUAAUUGACAUUGUGGAGGCCUUACUUAUUUUCUUACUUUUAAGAAAAAAAGCUGACUUGGUUUCUGUGUAUCAGUGGAUGGUCUGAGGCCCGUCUACUGUGGUUCUGUGUGUCACGCUUCGGCCUGUGUAAUAUAUCUGAUGGUAUAUUUGGUUAAACGAUCAAUAAAGUCAUUGAAAAAGA